AUGGAUAUAUCCACUGCGACUAUGUGGCGGGCAUGUGGGCCGCUGACUUGCGAAGGAGCAUCGCAUGGGAGCCCGGCGAAGACCCAAAUGCCGACUCCUCAGCCUCCCGACAUGCCACAGGCCAAGACGCUAUCUCGGGAUAUAUCCGACGAGACUGCUGCCGUUAUUGACGGCUGGAGGAUCACGCAUUUGACUCAAGACCCCUUUGGCCAGAUCGCAACGGCAGAAUUGCAUAUAACUGCCCCAGUACUGACAGCGGUUCUUGAUUACCACUCAGCUUCCUCGGAUUAUUACCUUCGCGGACCCCACGACACUGGAGUCCCCGUCCAGGGGCAGGAACACACAUACCGACGGGUAGGACAUAUCUGGGAGCUGGGAAUGUCUCAUUUUCAGGCACUGGAGAGACAGAGUAUCGUCCUCAUUUAA